UUCAGAUAGUCCAUCAGUUAAUAGGACGGCUGCCGAGUUGACUAUCAGGACGUGAAGGAACACAAAAUCAUCACUUCAGCCACCUGACCAGUGACAUUGGCCGUCAUCCUGAAGUAGUGCUGUGCGACGUUACUGCAAAGGAAGAAAUGAAGAACCAGCUAUCAGGCAGGCAUUAUUUAGAAAGUGGAUUCUGGAUUAAAGAAGACUUAUACACCAAACUGUAUGAAUAUCAAAAGGAAGGAGUCUCCUUUCUUCACUCUUUGUAUAAACAUGGAAAAGGCGGAAUCUUGGCUGAUGAUAUGGGACUGGGGAAAACAAUCCAGAUCAUUGCCUUUCUCUCUGGAGUAAUCAACAAGAAGCCGAAAGAAAGUAUCCUGCUGGUGAUGCCUUGCAGUCUUAUGACCAACUGGGCAGACACCUUUAAGGCUUGGACACCCAACAUCAAGGUGAAGAUUUUUCAUAGUAGUGAAAAGAAAAAACAAUUCUGGAAUUUAAAAGAAGCUCAAAAACAGGGAGGAGUUUUGAUUACCAGUUAUGGGACAAUGGUUAGCAAGUUGAAAGAGCUUUCAUUCUGCAAUCGUGAUGAAUUUAUUUGGGACAUUGUCAUCUUCGACGAGGCUCACACCAUUAAGACACGCACCACCGAAUCCUGCAAAAGCGCGUGCUCCCUUCCUUCAAAGAUCCGCAUCCUUAUCACUGGCACCCCAGUGCAGAACAACCUAAGUGAGCUGUGGACCCUCUUCAACGUGGCUUGUCAAGGAGCUGUCCUUGGUACCUAUAACACUUUUAAAAAUUCAUAUGAAAAUCCUAUAAUGAGUGGCAGAGUGAAGAACGCAAGCCCUAGAAAGAGCACUCUGGCGUUAAAAAGUUCAGAAAGUUUGAUGUCAAUGAUAAGCCCUUAUUACAUGAGAAGAACAAAGGAAAUCCUGCCUUGUCUCGCAAAAAAAAAUGACUUAGUUGUGUGGCUUCGCCCAACACAAUUGCAAAACCACAAGUACAAAAACAUCAUUGCAGCUAAGGUGCAAAAGGGUCAGCUAUCGUUCCCUAUGCUGUGCAAGCUGAAGAAGGUUUGUGAUCAUCCAAGGCUCCUGUUUCCCUUUGUAGUCAAUGAGUUGGGUGAGGACGGUGCCAGUCUUGCCCAAGAAUCAAGUAAAUUGUUAUUCUUGGUUCCUUUGCUAAGAAAGUUGUGUGCAGAGGGCAACCGCACACUUGUGUUCAGCCAUUCAUCCAAAAUGUUGGACAUUAUAGAACGCGUUUUAACUAACAAUAACUUCUGUUGUCUGCGUAUGGAUGGAACAGUUAAAAUGUCAAAACGCAUAAGACUCGUGGAAGCUUUCCAAACCCAAAGUGAUUACUCCAUCUUCCUUCUAACUACCCAGGUUGGUGGAGUUGGCUUAAACCUAACAGCAGCCAAUAGGGUGGUCAUCUUUGAUCCCUCUUGGACUCCAGCAGUUGACGCCCAGGCUAUUGACAGAAUAUACAGAAUUGGGCAGGAAAAAGAUGUGAUAGUCUACAGACUCAUAACUUGUGGAACAGUGGAGGAAAAAAUCUACUGCCGCCAAGUCUUCAAGGACUCACUGAUGCGGCAGGCAACUGGGGAUGAAAAGAACCCGUACAGGCAUUUUACACCGGAAGAACUUGGGAACAUCUUUACAUUAGGAAACACCCGAUCAUCUUCAACACGAAUACAACUGCAGUCGAGGUCCACUCAGGUGACUUGUGACACCAAACUGGAUGAGCACAUUGAAUUCCUCCACUCCCUUGAUAUCGAUGGCAUUUCACACCAUGAUCUCUUGUUCACAAUGCCAGAGGAUGAUAUAUGCAGCAGUGAGGAUAAUGAGAGCAUUCUUGUAGAAGUGGAGAAUGCUCAAGAAGUUAUAAAAAGUGAAUCCAAUGAACCACAGCUUUGUGUUGACAGGAACCUCCUUGGAGAACAAAGGGGAAGAAAUCAAGUUAAAGCAAAAGUGUCUGCUCGGAAGAAGUCUUCUUGGUGUGACUAUAGUGAACUGCACAAAGAUAACGAUGUGUCACAAGAAGGCUCAGAAAGUAGCACAAACGAGGACGCUGUCUUGUGUACGUCUGGUGACAGUACAGUUUGUGAGAGCUUCUCAUCUAGUGACACUUCACAUUGGGAUGAAAAUGAAGUGCCGUUUGAGGCAGUGCAUUCUUCAAUGUCUAGACUGACCAUUGAAAAUUCUCUGUUGGACUCUGAAGAUAUGCACGAUUCUCUAGAGCUCAGUGGUCUGGGUUCAAAGCACAACGCUUCUGCAGCCAUUACACAAAUUUGUGAUGUUGAAAUUUCUUCAGAAGGUCAGUCUAGCAUGGAGUUUUCAAUAGAGAGUAAUUCAGGUGGUGCUCAUGAAAUAUCAACUCCGCUGGCCAAUAUUCAGACUUAUGGGGAUACGACCGAUUCAUCAACCAGCAUGUCAGUUGCUAGUUCUGCUCAUGACUCUGCUAAUCAACAUGUGACUCAGACUAAGGCCUCACUCAUAAACCUGACUGCUGAUUCCGAACUCAUGGAUACUUCAGCGGCGACAUCUACACCUUGGUCUGGCACACCAUUAUUCACUUGUGUCAUAAACGAUGGUGAGGAUGUUACUGAAUGGAAUCUUUCCCAAAAAUGUUUAACCCAAGAUUACAGUGCCAAUAAAAAAAAGCAAUGUGUUUCUGGAGGUCUCUGCAGUAUAAAUGUGAAGCCAAAAGAAGACAAGGACGAGUGUGAAACAGAUGAGGAAGAUGAACACACACAUGAGAAUAAUAAAAAUGGCUGCCUUGAUAUGACAAAAGUGCAAGAAGCAAUAGAAAGUGAAUCCGAGCAAACAGAGAAGCGGGCCGAUCAAAACAUCUCAGGAAACCUACACACAAGAAAAAGGAAUGGAAAACACAGAGAAGAGUCCACAAUGAAGAAAUUAUCUGGCAUUACAUGCAACAAUUGUGAUACGUCACAAGAAAGCCUACAAAGCAGCAAUGAAAAGAACUCUUCCGGUCAUUCCAGAAAGAAUGUUUUAUCUUCUUACAAUUCAUAUCUCAGUGGUUCGUCACAUUUUGAUACAAGUGGAACCAAUUCUGAAAGUGUACCUUCUCCAAUAUCCAAAGUGAUGCCAAAAAGGUCUCAGAUGGACUGUGAUCCUAAAGAAAAGCAAGUUUGUCAGAGUCCCCAUGUGACAAAACUUUGUGAGUAUUCUCUGUCAUCAGAGAGUGAGUGUGACACAGACAGUUCUACAGAGAGAACCACACCUUCAACUCAUGCGAUGUCUGCUCCUGGACCAGAAAUACAAUUAAUCACUGACCAGCACUGUGGUGAUUCAACUUCAUCAUCUACCAGUCCAUCAGAUAAUCAUUCUGCUUAUAAAUGUGAUCAUCAACACGUGACUCUUGUGUCCUCGUCUAUAAACCUAACUAGUCGUUCAGAUCUCAUGGAUCUGUCAGGCUUACCAAAACUGUGCCCAUACUCACAAACCUCAGAAGAUUUGUCUUGUUCUCCUGUUGUGCCAUCUACAUCUUGGCCUAUCAAAGAAAUCAGUAGCAGUACAGACAUCCCAGGAAGACGUUUUCACCAAGAAAGUUCAUUGAGAAGUGAUAGUGUUAAUGAUUCUGGUAAUCAACAAAUGACUCCUACGGAUUGUGUGACAGAACUCAGCAGGCACUUAGAGCUGAUGGAUCAUUCCCAAACUCCUCAUUAUAUGCUGGGGCUGGAUGGGCUAAAUAAUCGUUCUCAUGUCAUCACAUCAACACCUUUGCCUAAAGCCCCCGUAAUUAGCAAUAAAAUGUGGGAGAGUUCGGCCAUUGAUAAAACAACUUCACUCAAAAAAUGUUCAGACAGAAAUCACGAUGACAAUACAACAUCUGCAAGUUUGUCUUUGAAUGGUCCUUUCUUUUGUAAAGAGAAGUCAGACAGAAAGAAGGUAACGUUUAUGCUGCCAUAUGAUGAUGAUGAUGAUGAAGGCAGCAGUGAUGACACAGGAAAUAACAACCUGAGUGACAUUGAGAAAGCAACAGGAAGUGCCUCCCAAGAAAUACAACAUAAUGUGAAGCCAAACUUUGUGGAGCAACAAAGGGGAAGAAAUCAGAAGUCAAGUCACAAAAGAGAGUCCCUGCUAAAGAAAUCACCUGACGUUAAAUGUCGUAAUCUGCACAACGUCCUUCAUGUGUCAAAAACAGCCCCGUUACUUCGGAGUCAUGAGACGUCUCUCCUCCAUUCCAUCGGCAGCUCCUCUCCUAUCGGGAUGCCACAGUUCACAACCAGUGAGGUCUGCUCUAAGUGGGCACCUUCUUCAGCGCUCAAGAUAGACAGUGUCUGUACCCGAAAACAAAUUGGUGAGAAUCUAAAUGUGACAAAAAUUUGUGAUUACACCUUGUCUUCAGGAAGUCAACCUGACAUGGAUUCUUUGCUGGAGAGUAAUUUGACACUUAAUAAUCAUUCUUCAGCUCCUGAACCCGUGAAAACAUUAAUCAGCCCCCAUAUCUGUCUGGAUGCACUUUCAUCAUUUCCCAGCGACUCUGAAAAUCAUUCAUUUCAUGCAUCUGGUAAUAAGGAGGAGCCUCCUAUGGACUCUCUUACAUGCCAGUGUGUGCCCAAGGAUCACUCAGUCUUACCAAAACUGUGCGAUUAUUCACACUCUCCUCAGGAUUUGUCAAGCCGGGAUAGUAACAAUGGUGUCUCUUAUCUGGUGACACCAGUAUCGUCACCUAAAAAAAGGCUACCACUUCAUGAAAUCAGUGACAACAGAGACAUUUCCCAAAGUCUUUUAAUAAGAAAUGUCAAUGAACAUCCAAGAGUUAGAAAUGUUCUUGGUGACUGCUUCAUUCUAAAUCAGAAGACAAAGGUAAAAAAUGCCAAACCCACGUUAUGCAAGUAUCCCUUGACCACUGUGCCACAGUCAACUCCGAUGGACUCUCCACAUUGUAAUACAAAAUCCAUCAAAGAGCAAAAAUUGGGGAAUCAACCAAAUUGUGAGAAGGUGCCUCCCUUCGAUGACAUUCAAAGUAACUCAGUCAGAAUCCUUAAAAACUCAACGUUACCUUUAGAGGACUCAAUGUCAACCAAUUUAGAGGAUUACGAAGAGCCAUCUGAAGCACAGGUGGACAGUGCGAUCCACAGCAUACUGGAGUGCCUGAAAGAAAUAGUAGGACUUGAGGUGAACAAUUCAUCAGGUGAAAGAGCAGAAAGCAUUUUGGACUCUCAAGUUGAGCGAAACCAGAAAGAUGAAGGCACAGAUGAUGAAGAUUCCUUGAUUUUAGCUUUACUCCACCCCCGGCCGGAAAAUUCACAUGGUGAAAGCUACUUUUACAGCACUGGCAAGAACAAAGAGCAUCCGUGUGGAACUUCCAUGUGUUCUUGGACGAGCAGAGAUUUCAUAAGAGAGAGAGCAGGAAGUGGAAGUCCAAAGACUGAAAGAGAAACCUCACUGCCAUCUAAAGAGAAUGAAAUACGAAAGCCAACUGAAGCUCACUUUGGAAGCUUGCUGGUGAGUGGAUCCCAGUCAUUUCAGGUGGACCCCACUCGCUGUUCACUUGGUUUUCCAAACAAUGAGAGAUUUGUCCAAGAGCAAACGCUAGAAGGUGAAACAGGAGCAGACUGUGAUGUGUGGGAUUGGACACCUUUGACCGAGGGUUUUGAGUACACUUCAGCCAUCAAUCCACAGCCUCUUCACUUUCUAUCAACGCUGGACUUGGAAACCACAGUCAGUCUUAACCAGGUGUCCAUGAGCUCCGCUAAUUUGCUUGGUGGCAGGAGGUCAGAUUUAAAUAUGGACAUUCCAGAGACCACCACCACUGUUCUGGAUGACUUUUACCUUUUUUUAGAAGAAACUCUGCCACUCCUAGAAUUCAGUUCAGCGGAGGACAAUCCAAAGUGUUUCGACCAAUUUGACUUAAUGAGGAGUAAUGAGGGCAACUGAAUGGAUUGCAAGCUCUCUGCCACAGACAACGAACAUGGCGGAGAUUUGGUGCUCUUGCUUGGUGGCCUUUGACCUUUUCUGCUGUGGAUUUUGGGUAACGUCUUUUUUUGUUUUUUUUUUCAUUUUGUUCAUAUUUGACCAUUUUUGAAAUAAAGCUCCACUUUCUGAAGAUUACUUGUGGACAUACAGGAUGUCUUCUGCUGCCAGAGUUUGCAUGGUCCUCCCAGACUUCAAAGUCUUUCUGAGGCCUAGUCAGGUGGGCAGCCUCCUGUUUUCUUCAAGAGGGCCGAGCUUGCUUUGGGGGGAGAUUUGUUUCCUGGACUAUUUUGGGGUCCCCGUCCUUUUUUUUAAUUCUGUGCUGCCAGGCUACAGGCACAGCUGAUUAUGAAUGAGGGGUGUGCGGGGGUCUUUGAAAAGUGCUAAAUGGAAUAAAACCAAUAAGUGGUAAAUAAAAAAUAACACAGAAUAAAAGAAAUGGGUGCUGGACAAACGACUUGAUGGUAAGGAUGUUUCUGUUUUUAAAGUCGGUAUUCUGUUGAAUGUGAGCUGAAAGUAAUGAGGGCAGACUGAAGGGUUUGAACCUUAUUAGCCGAGACUAAGAGGUGAUCUGAAUGAAGAAAGGCGGUGGUUCUCAGCUCUAAUUUUAAAACGCGCCCUUCAGCAGGAACGUGGCUCAGAGAUGGAAACUUCUCAAGGGUGCAUUUCACGCAGCAAACUUUCCUUCAGCCAGAGAAGCACAGACACAGAGA